CUCGCCUCAGGGGAGUGCUCAGAUUGGGCGACUCAGCCAGCCAGGUGUGCGACGAGCCGUUGCCACCGUCCCUGCUGAUUGAGCGACAAGGACAAAGCCCAAACGAGAACGUCAGAGUAGUUGCCGUCUGCGACGAGCCCUCGUGCGACAACGACAAAGAAGGAAAGAGGCCGAACGCGGGAACUUGUCAGUCAGGUUGCGAGCGAUGAUGGAUCGAUCGUUUGUUCCUGUGAACAUUCUCCGAGGAAAGUAAUGGAGGGUCGUGUGUAAUAAUCCAAUCAACAAUCUGGGCCCUUCUUUCUUGUGAACCUUCCUGUGAAGUUUCCCUGAAGCUUCGUAAAGAUGGCUUCCCCCCUUGCUUGCCUGUCAUGCGGCGGUUCUAGCUUGUCUAAGGACAUGCUAGGGUAUUAUGUCUGCGACUUCUGCGGGAUGCAGUCACAGGAUUACCUGGAAGAGACCGUGGAUGCAGAUCAAGUGAUGACAUUGGCCGAGUCCCGAGGUUUCAUGAGACGCGAUCGAAAGCUAACGGCGAAAGGUAGCAAGCAAGAGAAGGGACAGGGGGAUGCUCAGGCACGAAUGGAUACCAUCAAGGAAGAAGAAGAAGAUGGUUGGCAGUUCGCAGACUGGACGCCACUUGGGGGGGUGUAUGUCGAGGCCCUGAGGAUAAUGCUGCGUCAGCAAUGCGAAGCCAUGGUGAUGAGAAAACGGUGCAAGGAGGAAAUUCUCACGAUCGCGGAUGACUUGUGGACUGGUGUAGUUCUGAUGUCAGGAAUCCAUGAGAAAAAUUUUGAAGAAAUGGCAUUACAAAGAAGGCUUAGGAGCAGAGAGGGAGAGGAAGGUGCGGGGGACAAGCAGGCUGAAGAUGGAAAUGACGAUUCCUGGGAGUCGGUUAGGGAGGAGGAUGAAGUGGAGGAGCAAGAGCAAGGCGAGCAUAAUGCUUAUGCUAAAGGAGGUGGUGAAGACACACGAGGAUUGGAUGAGCAGGCAGCAUGUGUUGAGCCUGGGCAAAGGCAGGAAAUCGAGGGGAAAGAGACUGUAGGAAAGCGCACAGAGAGUGGCUUGGAGCUAAUGUUGCUGCCUGCGCCAACACCACGGAGUUCGAUUUCGGCGAAGCAGACGGAGCGUAUCGUCCUUCUGGAGGCAAGAAAGGCUCUUCCUGUUGGUGCUAUACUGUCAGUGCUAUUUCUUGCUUGUCAUGUGUCAGAGACAGCUCUUCUGCCAAAUGAUAUUUGCAGGUGGGCUUUAGGGGGAGAGAUCCCUUACCUGAAUGCAUUUUCUAAGCUCCCGCUGAGAAUCCGUGAGAGGAUUCCUUUCAGUUACUUAGCGCCAAUGGAGAAGAAGAAGAAGAAGAAGAAGAAGAAGAAGGAGAAGGAGAAGGAGAGGGAGAAGGAGAGGGAGAAGAAGAAGGAGGAGGAGGAGGAGGAGGAGGUGGAGAAGAAGAAGAAGAAGAAGAAGCAGAAGGAGAAGAAGAAGAAGAAGAAGAAGAAGAAGAAGAAGAAGAAGAAGAAGAAGAAGAAGAAGAAGCAGAAGCAGAAGCAGAAGGAGAAGAAGGAUAAGGAGAAGGAGAAGGAGAAGAAGAAGAAGAAGAAGAAGAAGAAAAAGAAGAAGAAGAAGGAGAAGAAGAAGAGCACUCCAUUUGAGUGGUUAAUCAGGAACAGUCUGUGGUCAGAGGAACACACCUUGGAGGACGUUAAGAUUUUUCCCACUGUUGCGGUUCCCACCGCCGCCACUUCCACUGCUGUGGUCUCCACUGCUGCAGUUUCUACUGCUGCUGUUUCAACUCCGGGUUUCACUCCAGCAGUUUCUGCUACGGAAGUUGCCUCCGCUGCGCGUCCUGUCACUGCUUGUUCAUCUGAUGCUAAUGCAGUUCCCACUGUUGCGGUUCCCACCGCUGCCGCUUCCACCGCUGUGGUGUCCACUGCUGCAGUUUCGACUGCUGCUGCCGCUGUGGUCUCCACGGCUGAAGUUUCUACUGCUGCUGUUUCAACUCCGGGUUUCACUCCAGCAGUUUCUGCUACGGAAGUUGCCUCCGCUGCGGUCCCUGCUACGGAAGUUGCCUCUGCUGCGGUUCCUACUACAACAGUUGUCUCUGCUGCGGUUCCACUUUUUACCACUUCCUGUGCUACUGUACCUCGAAUUUCUCAUGCUAUAAUCGUGAUGAAUUCUCGCAGGUUGGAGUACAUAGCAGCUUGUCUUGCGAUGAAGACAUGCCUUGUGCCACGUCCAGUGAAUGUAUCUGCAAUCGCAGCCAGGUUCUUAGCUUGGCUUGACAUGCCAGGCCACCUACUUGCAGACAUAGAGAAGAUGAGAGGGAGGCUUUCGGGGAGCGAUGAGUGGUUUUAUAUUACACCGGAGAGAAGCCGUGAAUAUCCCAGCAGGGUGCCAGUUAUGGCUCUCGUUAUGUUAGCUAUCCGGAGAGCAGGAUUCCAUAGAGUAUUCUGGGAGUCGCAUAAGCAUGGAGGAGGAACGGAAGAUGCAAAGAAACUUCCACGAAGUCCUGGGAUGAAGCGUAAGGUCAGUGGUAAAGAAAGGGGCAAUGACACAGAGUGGGAUGGUUUUGGUCAAGUCUUUAGAGAGAUUGAGGAGCCCAGUUCGCGCACGCUUAAAAGUCCAUCUUGUAAGGGCAGCUAUGCGAGGAGACCACUGAUCGCAGUUGAGGACAAGUGGCAGCUUUUGUCUCUGCCAUCCACUCAAUGGGAGAUGGAAAGGACACGCGAUUCCGAUCGAGCAUCACCAUCACAUGCUGGUGACUGGGACGAUCAACUCUCCGGUCGCUUAUCAACGAUGAGACUUCAACAGAAUGAUGAAAAGGAUGGACAUGAAGAGAUGAGCCUUGAUCAGCAUUAUCACCGCAGCAGGGAUUGCCAGAAUCUGACGGGCCGAGAGAAACGUCCUAUUGAAGACCUUCUGGACUAUCUCAAGUUCAUUCAUCAUUACGUUCUAGCAGACAAGAAGCCAAUGGCAGGUUUGUGUCAUCAUUGCUAGUAGUCUUGUCCAUCUCCCCCCCCCGCCCCCCCCUCUUCUUUUCUUCCUGCUCUUGGAUUUGUUCUUUAUGUCCUUUUGUAUGAGUAGGAGUCUUUUUUUUUUUUUUUUUUUGAACAGGAAAGAGCCUUUCACGAUCCUCUUGUUUUCUAUUGUUUUUGCAUGUAUCGACAUGACCAUACGGCUACAAAGCAUACUUGAG